AUGCUGCGUGCAAAGGUGCUGCCGGAGGUUCUAGGCCAGAUCGUGGGCGACGGCAUCAGCGCUUGCAUGCUGGUGACGUUGGAUGGCGCGCUCGUGGGCUCCGUGGGUGACGGAGAGACCGUAGAUCACAAGGUGGUGGGAGCCAUCGCCUCCCACACAUGGGGCGAAUACCUACACGCCGGCAAAGAGGCCAAUCCCACAGGAGAUCUACGUACCAUGCUCGUCGAGCUCGAGCGUGGACGUCUAGCGAUGACAGUAGCGGGCAAAAGCUUUCUGCUCUGUGCGUACUCAAGCACAGAUGCGCCGGCUGGAUUACUCAAGGCCAAGGUGGAGACACUGGGAACGUAUUUGACCACAUCCCUGGACCAGAUUGAAAUGUAA